AUGCCAUCAUACCCAAAUUACGAAAUCAGCUAUCCAGUAAUAUCAGAUGAUGAAUUCACAAAUAUUCCACAAAAUACAGAAGAAAACAAAGAUAGUAACAACGUUAUUAAUUAUUACGAUGUCCAAAACUCUAUUAAAACUGAUGAUUCAAAUAAUGAAUUCACCGGUGACAUGGAAAAGAAUUCAAGUCAACAUAAAAAAGUUAUUUCUAAAGAUGCAAUAAAGUGGUAUAAAAAUUCUAUAGCCGUUUUGACCGCCUUCAGAACAAACUUUUUGUUGAUUUUUUUACCUCCUGCUUUCAUUAUGAAGAAACUUCAACUUGACGAGUUAUUGGUAUUUGUCUUUAAUUUUUUGGCAAUCAUCCCUUUAUCUCAAAUUAUGACUGCUGCCAUUGAUGACUUUGCGACUAGAUUACCUCCGGCAUAUGGUGUAGUUUUACAUGCCUGUGCUGUAAACUUUGUCGAGCUUGUUGUCUUAGGUUAUACUUUAAUGGAUAGAAACUAUUCAAUUGUUCGUUCAUCUUUGCUUGGUGCUAUUUUGUGUAAUAUUUUAUUGAUUCUUGGUAUAGUCUUUUUGGCUGGUUCAUGGCCAAGGAAAAAGUCGCGUCGUCAAUCAAAAAACGCUUACAUUACUACUCGGUUAUGGGUAUCAACUGGUACUUCAACACUUGCUCUUGCUGUUCUUGCUCUCGUGACCCCUGCUGCAUUCAAGCUUGCUGCUCCUACUGGCACUGGCAUUGAAUGUGACAUUCAAAAUAUCAGCCACGGUACUGCUAUCAUUCUAUUUCUCGUUUAUAUUGCUCUAUUGGUGUUCCAACUGAAGACUCACGCUCACGAGGCUUUUAAUACCAAAGAACACAUUUCCAAAGAAGCUAAAUACUUCCUUAUAUUUGAUGUACUUCUAAACCUUGUGACAAGUAUCGAACAUAUUGCUCAUAAAUUUCAACUUGGCAAUAGUUUUGUCGGAAUGGUUCUUAUACCCCUUUGUGUGGUAUCUAACUUUAUGGAACAUUAUUAUGCUAUCAAAGAAGCUUCUGAAGAUAAGGUUGAUACUGCUGUUAGUCUAGUUCUCAAUACCUCUGUGCAAAUUGCUCUUUUAAUUACCCCUAUUCUUGUUCUUGUUGGUUGGAUAACCUCUAGGCCACUAACUUUGGAUUUCAACAUGUUAGAAAUCAGUGUCUUAGCUUGUGCUGUGCUAAUAAUGUCUUACAUUAUGAUCGCUAUUGUAUUCUUUUAUCUUCCCAAUACACCUGAUCUUCCUGAAAAUCUAAAUUGUCACCCUUGGAGUAGAAAUCUUCCUCCAGAAAACUCAAACCUCCUUCAAAUUGACGUUCUUAGUUCUUAA